GGCUGCGGGGCCGGUGCGGGCGGCGGGGCGCAGCGGAGGGCGGCCCGCUCCCUCCCUCCGUCCCUCCCUCGCUCGCUCGCUCGCUCGCUCGCUCGCUAAGAUGGCGGCGGCGGCGGCGGCGGCCGUGGCCCGGCUGGAGGGCCGGGAGUUCGAGUACCUCAUGAAGAAGCGCUCGGUGACCAUCGGCCGCAACUCGUCGCAGGGCUCGGUGGACGUGAGCAUGGGCCACUCCAGCUUCAUCUCCCGGCGCCACCUGGAGAUCUUCACCGCCGCCCCCCCGCCGCCGCCGCCGGCCGGCGCGGACGGGCUGCCGCCGCCUCAGGGCGACCCCGCCGCUGCCAGCGGCGGCGGCGGCGACUUCUACCUGCGCUGCCUUGGCAAGAACGGCGUCUUCGUGGACGGCGUGUUCCAGCGGCGGGGGGCGCCGCCGCUGCAGCUGCCCCGAGUCUGUACUUUCAGGUUUCCCAGCACAAACAUCAAGAUAACGUUCACAGCUCUGUCCAAUGAGAAGAGAGAGAAACAGGAGGCUCCAGCGUCACCGGUGAAGCCUGUGCAACCCCAGAUCUCACCCUUAACAAUAAACAUUCCAGACAACAUGGCUCACCUGAUCAGCCCUCUCCCUUCUCCCACAGGAACGAUCAGUGCUGCAAAUUCCUGCCCGUCUAGCCCCCGUGGUGCAGGCUCUUCAGGGUACAAAAUGAGUCGUGUAAUACCAUCUGACCUACAUUUAAUGGCUGACAAUUCACAGUCAGAAAACGACAAGGAAGCAUCGGGUGGAGAUAGCCCAAAGGAUGACUCUAAGCCACCUUACUCCUAUGCACAGUUAAUAGUACAAGCAAUUACAAUGGCACCUGAUAAGCAGCUUACACUAAAUGGAAUUUAUACGCACAUAACUAAAAAUUAUCCGUACUACAGGACAGCAGACAAAGGCUGGCAGAAUUCAAUACGUCACAAUCUCUCUCUGAAUCGUUAUUUCAUCAAAGUACCGCGUUCCCAGGAAGAACCAGGCAAAGGCUCAUUCUGGAGGAUAGACCCUGCCUCUGAAAGCAAAUUAAUAGAGCAGGCUUUUAGGAAAAGGCGGCCUAGGGGAGUACCUUGCUUUAGAACCCCUCUGGGACCACUCUCUUCUAGAAGUGCCCCAGCCUCUCCUAAUCACUCAGGAGUGUUGUCCGCACACUCCAGUGGAGUCCAGACCCCUGAGAGCCUGUCCAGGGAAGGAUCUCCAGUCCCAAUGGAGCCUGAGCCUAGUGCUAUCCAGCCAAAACUAGCAGUCAUACAAGAAGCACGAUUUGCACAGAGUGCCCCAGGAUCACCUCUAUCUAGCCAACCAGUUUUAAUUACUGUACAACGGCAGCUACCACAAACUAUCAAACCCGUCACCUACACUGUUGCAACUCCUGUGACGACGACAACAUCCCAGCAGCCUGUAGUUCAGACAGUUCAUGUUGUUCACCAGAUACCAGCUGUGUCUGUCACAAACGUGACUGGAUUAGCACCAGCAAACACUUACACUGUAGCUGGACAGGCGGUAGUCACGCAAGCUGCAAUGGUAACCCAGCCCAAGGUAGAACCUCAAGAGAAUGGAGACCACAAGGAAGUAAAAGUUAAAGUGGAGCCUAUACCUGCUAUUAGUCAUGCUGCAAUAGGAGCUGCUAGCCGUAUCAUUCAGACAUCUCAGCCCACACCCUUACAGACAGUUACUAUAGUGCAACAGGCACCUCUAGGUCAACACCAGCUACCAAUAAAAACUGUAACGCAGAAUGGAACGCACAUAGUACCUAUCACCACUGCGAUACAAGGACAAGGCAACGCUGGUGCGUAUUGUAUCAAAACGUUCUCUUGCUUUGUAAGUGUUAAAACUUCCCCAAGUGGGCAGUACUGAAUGCUUUUGAAUUCUAUUCUGGGUCUUUUUUAGUUAAACUAUCUGAGUUGUACCAAAAAAAAAAAAAAAAAAAAAAGGAUCACAACCUUAUAAGAGCUCAUUUCCUCCCUCUUGGUAAGAACUCAUAUUUGUUUUCAUUGUGGAUUACCCGAACAGUUGUUUAUUCUCUUUGGGGUCAUUAUAGGUAUGCACUUAGUGAUGACAACGCAUCCUCCCUUCUCAGUAAACCCAGAAUAAAAACAAGUUUUAAAAGAAUUAGUUGUGAAACAGCGCAGUUAAAAUGGCAACUGCUCCCCAGAUGAUUUGGUCAAGAACUGGCCAAAAGGAAAGCAAGACGGAACUUGGCUUGUGGGCUGGCUAUUGGGGCUGGUGUUUUAUUUCCACUGUUUUUACUGAAACUGUAGCAAAGCAAGAUGCUAAAAUUGAUGGGCGUUCUGUGAGAUUUUGAGAUGGUUCUUGUCUGUCUGAACACCGUCUUUCCCUCCUGAGACUCGGCAGUCUGAGUGGGUGGCAGUACAGACUCCAGCACAACUUGCACAGAUGCACUUAGUUCUGGUUUGCAGGUGAAUAUAAUUUGUUUCAACAGUUUCACUUUGAGGUAAUGUUAUCUGAUACUGCAGUAACUUUCUUCCUCAUAAAAGAGGUUUGUGGGCAUAGUUUUAGGCUAUUAAGUCAAUUUAUUAGGUAUAUUUCUGCUUUAAAGUCUUACUGAUGGAGCAAAUGAUGUUGCUUUGUUUCCUUUUUGCUGUUUUUCCAUCUAUAACAUUGUUUUUUCCUACUGAAGUUUGGUACUUACAGGUCAUUGUUCUGCUUCCACUUCAUUUCCAGCUUCAGUAAAGCAAAAUCAGUUGGCAUCAGAUUUCAUAAGUGCUUUCCUUGUCAGAAGGUGAUGUAUGAAUUGGGAACUGAAUCAUGUGAAAUACACCAAAAAUUAUAUUUUAAAAGUAAACCAUGCAUUAUUUUUCUUUGUUUAAAAAAAAUGCAUUAUUUUUCUUUGUUGUUGACUCAAAAAACUGGAUGGACAUCGAUGUGUUUCCCUCAUUAGGAAAGCCUAACAGCUGUUAGGCUUUUUUAAGAAAUCGGACUCUGUGUGGAGAAAUACAAUUCUAGUGCUUCUGACUAUCCCAGCGUGUGUGCUGGGGCACUUGCAGUCGUGGGGGGUUUCACGCUGAGGUUCCUGGGCUUGAAUAUCUUGUGAGAUGUUUGCAUCCUGCGUGCAUUCCCAUUCUUGGUCUCUGUGCCGCAGUAAUUCCUAAAGCAGCAAGAAAGCAGGUAAUUCUUAAGCGAAACAUCUAAAGUGGGAACUAGGCCUACAAAAAUGCACCAAUUUGUAUGUGUGUUUGUAUAAAUCUGUGCUCACGCGCACACACAUCGGUGUUUACAUGCAUGCACAUUUUGUACAUGUGCAUAUAACUGUGUUUGGGGAAAGCAGCUUUGUGCUGUCUGAAAGCUGAGAGAUCCAAGCUCCUGCUCUUGUAACAUUUUAUGCUGGUAGCUGGAAGGUGCUUUCAGGGCUGACCCUCAGCAACACAGUUUGCCAGGGAUUUUUGUUAUCUGUCAGUCUACUGGAAAACAGUGAAACCCAGAGAAAAUUCAAGUCUUGUAUUGCAGAAUAAAAUUAUAUAAGCAGAUAUGCUUUAUUCUGGCUUUCAGUGUAGAUUUCAAACAUCAUUGUUUCUUCUGUUACUUGCUCUAGCACUUCUGCGUGGCAGCCAGCAAGGCUUGCUCUGCUGACCAGACCCCGCAGUGCAUACUGCAGCAGUGUUUGAGGAUGAAAGGUUGAUCCAUAGAAUAUACUGCUUUGUGUAAGGAUAACUAAUAUAGAAAUGUAAUGUAGAAACAAAGCAGCAACAAGUAGAUGGUGGUCCCUUGUGGGACCCUGCACUCAGUAUUACUUGUUCUUUUAGCAUGUUUUUAUUUAAACAACAAUAAACCUGCAGUAGCUUAUUUUAUUCAGAAGUAACUU